AUGUCCGAAAUCACUCACCCGACCAUCAAAGAUGGCUGGUUCAGAGAAAUCUCCGACAUGUGGCCUGGCCAGGCGAUGAUCCUCAAGGUCAACCAGGUCCUCCACCACGAAAAGUCCAAGUACCAGGACGUGCUCGUCUUCGAGAGCAGCGACCACGGCACCGUCCUCGUCCUCGACAAUGUCAUCCAGUGCACCGAGCGGGACGAGUUCUCGUACCAAGAGAUGAUCACACACUUGGCCAUGAACUCGCACCCCAACCCCAAGUCGGUCCUGGUUAUCGGCGGUGGUGACGGCGGUGUCUUGCGAGAGGUCGUCAAGCACGAGUCCGUCGAGAAGGCCAUUCUCUGCGACAUUGACGAGGCCGUCCCCCGCGUCAGCAAGAAAUACCUUCCCGGCAUGUCGAUUGGAUUCCAGCACCCCGCCGUCGAGGUCCACAUCGGAGACGGGUUCAAAUUCCUGGCUGACCGCAAGAACGAAUUCGAUGUUAUUAUCACCGACAGCAGUGACCCCGAAGGUCCCGCAGAGUCGCUCUUCCAGAAGCCAUACUUUGAACUGCUCAGCGGAGCGUUGAAAGACGGUGGUGUUAUUACUACCCAAGCUGAGAACCAAUGGCUCCACCUCCCUCUCAUCACCAAGCUCAAGAAAGACUGCAAGGAAGUUUUCCCUGUUGUCGAGUACGCCUACACCACCAUUCCAACAUACCCGUCGGGCCAGAUUGGUUUCAUGGUUUGCUGCAAGGACCCCAACCGAGAUGUCAAGAACCCCUUGCGAGUAUGGAGCCCAGAAGAGGAAGAGAAGUUGUGCAAGUACUACAACAAGGAAAUCCACAAGGCCAGCUUCAUUCUACCGACGUUUGCCCGCAAGGCCUUGAAAUGA